CUAUUGCCAUUCGCCAAUGAAUAAACUACAACUUAAAAGAAACUAAGUAAUACCGUACUUACGUAGCCAGUCAGAGCGCCAGUAGUGUUAGAAGAUGUUUUGAAACGAUCGUCUUGCUGUUCCUGUAAGCUCAUCUCGGAAGGAGGAGACCAGGUUGCCGCUAUUCUAAGGUUGGAGCUUAAUUAUGCAAUUUGGCGAUGCAUGAAGUCACAGACCAUGCAAGUUUCCCAGUUCGUUCUUCACGUUCGUUUUCACUUCCCACUUACUUUAUAGUUGAAGACAGACAAUGCCUGAGGGGAACGAUUUGAGUAAUGCAGACAAUGCGUUCGAACUCACGGACGAGCAAAUUCUCAGAUUUGAACAGGAUAUUAAAGAUGAAGAAGCCCAAAAAAUGCCAUUGGUUCUUCAAAUAAGUGAUAUUUCAACAUUAACUGAAGAGUAUCAGUCAAAUGAAAGAUUCAUUAAAAAAAUUCAAAAUCUGCGCAACUCACACGAUAAAAUAAGACGCUGCCGUGGUGAUGGUAACUGCUUUUUUAGAGCAUUCUCCUUUGCUUGGUUUGAAAGCGCCAUGUAUGAUCAACGUUUGUUUGAUGCCCGUCAUAAAUUCUUAAAAGAAUCUAUUGACUUUUUGCAAAACGGUGGGUUCGAUAAGAUGGCAUUUGAAGAUUUUUAUGAAGUUACUUUAGAGACGUUUGAAAACAUGAACCAGCAUGAUCCUGAUAUGCUUCUCGUCAGUUUCCAAACUGAUGAGGUUAGUAAUGCUAUUGUUGUCUUUUUCCGUUUCAUCACAUCAGCUUACCUGCGUAUUCACGCUGCCGAAUAUGAACCUUUCUUAACUGAUGAGCUGGUCUCUAUCGAUCAAUUCUGCGCAAUGCAUGUUGAAGCUUUCGGAAGAGAAUCGGAUCACUUACAAAUUAUUGCUUUAAGCAAGGCUACUGAUGUGCCUGUGGAGGUUGCUUAUUUGGAUGGUGGUGAGAGCGAUGAGGUAGCCCUUCAUGGAUUCUGGCCAACUGAGCAAGAUGAAAAAGAAAAAUUAAAGCAACCUAUUGAUUUACUCUACAGACCAGGUCAUUAUGAUAUUCUUUACUGCAAGAAGCAAUGAAAAUACGAUCUUUUUACCAAGCGUUUUCAUGAUUCCGAUUUUUGUUUGAUGUGUAUUGAGUAUAACGGAGCAAUUUAAUGCCACAUCAAGUACAGAAUAACAAUAAAACUACUGUUUUUUCGCUUGACUUUCGCACGAAAUGGCUAUCGAAUUGAAACUAUCUUACAAUCAAAUCCAGACUAGUUUAAAAAAUUAUUUUGGAUGAAAAGUAUAGUUUUUCAGAUCAUACCUUUUCCGUCAAAAUGCUCAAUGCCAAAUGUGCGACCUACUCUUACUCAAGCACAGAAUAUCUACCCUGUUUGAGUAUGUAGUAACGUCAAGCAGCAGUUAAUAAAACCUCAGAAAUGUACAGUGACAAAUUUCACAAGAUGAACUCACCAAAACGCGUAAAAAUCUUUAAGCCGUC